AUGGUUCCCUCGCCCCAUCGGCCCCUCCUGCCCUGUAUCUCGAUGGGCUGUCCUAGAGGAGGACAGCGACGGACAUCGACGACGACCAAGGACAACUUCCACGAGCUCAUCAGCCAGGCCAUCCAGCCCUGCAGACUCAAGCACGCCCAGCCAAAGGUACCACUCGUCGAGCGGAGGCCGGAUCCAAGAGUGGGAAGGCACUCGACCCGCUACUCCGCAACUGCAUAG